AUGCAAGCUCUCGUCACCGCACCAAACAAGACUGCCGUUGUCGCAGAUAUCGCUGUUCCCGAGCCCGGACAUAAUGAGAUUCGAGUCAAGGUGCACUCUGUCGCCUUGAAUAUGGUGGACGCUCUGUAUACGCAGUACCCCCUUGGUGAAUUAGGACGUGUUGUUGGGAGUGACAUCUCAGGAGUCGUCGAUAAGAUUGGUGCGGGCGUGAAGGGGUGGCAGGUAGGAGAUCCCGUUGCAGGUCUCCUGCAAGGAGCAACUUCUGUGACCCCCCGUCCCGGAGGAUUCGCAGAAUACGCCAUCUUAGAGCAGGAUCUGGCUAUUCAUGUGCCUGCUGGGGUCACUUUUGAUGAGGCUGCAACAGUUCCUCUUUGUGCUCUUACCGCUGCUCAGGCCUUGUUCAUCCGCCUCGAAAUUCCAGCACCCUUCCCUAAUCCAUACACCUUCACAUCUCCCGCAACGGAUGCACCGAACAUCCUCGUCUACUCAGCGGCAACCUCUCUUGGUCUAUACACCAUUGAGCUCGCCAGCCUUCUCAGGACCACAUCGGGAAAACCAUAUCGUAUCUUCGCUACCGCCAGCCGUAAGCACCACGCUAAACUCCUCGCACUGGGAGCCGAGGCCGUCUUCGAUUACCGCUCACCUACAUGGGUCGAAGACGUGCGAAAAGCCUCCGGCGGUAUCUCUUACGCUGUAGAUUGUAUCUCAGAGAACGAGAGCACCGCGUCAAUAUCUCAAACUUUUGUUGAGAGUGGUGGGAAGAUCGCCGUCAUUCGGAGUAAAGAUUGGGACAAGGGGGGCAUUCGCGAGGGAGUAACGCCGCUUUAUGGCGCUGUGUGGCAGGGACUUGGACAUGAGCUCAUUUACAACGGUUCGUAUUGA